UAAGGCCCUGCCGCGCCUGCGCCUUGGGCUUUCCUGACGCGGCCGGCCGGACCCUGGAGGAGCCAGCGGGCGGGCAGGGUAGGGGUCGGGCAGUAGUUAAAGCAGCGGCGGCGCCCGGAAGGGUGGGUGAGGGUCGGUGGCGGCUCUGAGCUGUCGAACGAGCGCGACGCUCGAGAGAGGGCGGGGAGGCGGCCCGCGGAGCCGGAGCGGGGCCGAGGCGCUGAGACGCGGCGGCGAGGCUGCCGGCUGGAUGGGAAGUUAAUGUUUACGGUGGAGUCCACCCAACGUUUCCAAGUUGAAUAUCAAGUUUUUCAUGGGCUCAGAAUCUCCAGAACUUUGAAGAAUGAAGAGAAGUAACAAUGUAUACAGCAUUCACUUUAUUGCAGUGGUCUGGAACUGAACCCACAAUAUCUCUGAGGUGGCGACAGACAAGGUUGCAGAAAAGCUGAGUUCUACUCUCUCAUGGGUGAAGAACACAGUAUCACAUACAGUCAGUCAGAUGGCCAGUCAGGUGGCAAGUCCAUCUGCCUCAUUACAUACUACAUCCUCAUCUACCACACUAUCCACGCCAGCCCUUUCACCAUCUUCUCCUUCACAGUUGAGUCCAGACGACUUAGAACUCCUGGCUAAACUGGAGGAACAAAAUAGAUUGUUAGAGACGGAUAGUAAGUCUUUAAGAUCUGUAAAUGGGUCAAGAAGAAACAGUGGCUCCUCCCUUGUAUCAAGUUCAUCAGCCUCUAGCAAUCUCAGCCACCUUGAAGAAGAUUCUUGGAUUCUUUGGGGAAGAAUUGUUAAUGAAUGGGAAGAUGUACGCAAAAAGAAGGAAAAGCAAGUUAAGGAGCUUGUUCAUAAAGGGAUACCCCACCACUUUAGAGCAAUAGUUUGGCAACUUUUAUGCAGUGCACAAAGUAUGCCAAUUAAGGAUCAGUAUUCAGAACUCCUGAAAAUGACCUCACCAUGUGAAAAAUUGAUCCGAAGGGACAUUGCUAGAACUUAUCCUGAACACAAUUUUUUUAAGGAAAAAGAUAGCCUUGGACAGGAGGUUUUAUUUAAUGUAAUGAAGGCAUAUUCUUUAGUGGAUCGUGAGGUUGGUUACUGUCAAGGAAGUGCUUUUAUAGUUGGAUUGUUGCUUAUGCAGAUGCCAGAAGAAGAAGCUUUCUGUGUAUUUGUUAAAUUAAUGCAAGAUUAUAGACUUCGUGAACUUUUUAAACCAAGUAUGGCAGAAUUGGGCCUUUGUAUGUACCAGUUUGAAUGCAUGAUACAGGAGCAUCUUCCAGAGCUCUUUGUGCAUUUUCAGUCUCAGAGUUUUCAUACCUCAAUGUAUGCAUCAUCCUGGUUUCUGACUAUCUUUCUUACGACUUUUCCAUUACCAAUUGCAACAAGGAUAUUUGAUAUCUUUAUGUCCGAGGGUUUAGAAAUAGUGUUUCGAGUAGGAUUAGCACUUCUUCAAAUGAAUCAGGCAGAACUGAUGCAACUUGACAUGGAAGGGAUGUUACAGCACUUUCAGAAGGUCAUUCCACAUCAGUUUGAUGGUGGUCCAGACAAAUUAAUCCAGGCAGCUUACCAAGUCAAAUAUAACUCAAAAAAAAUGAAAAAACUUGAAAAGGAAUAUACUACAAUAAAAACUAAAGAAAUGGAAGAGCAAGUUGAAAUUAAAAGGUUACGCACAGAAAAUAGACUUUUAAAACAGCGCAUUGAAACAUUAGAAAAAGAAAGUGCUUCCUUGGCAGAUAGAUUGAUACAGGGACAAGUGACAAGAGCCCAGGAGGCUGAGGAAAACUACCUCAUAAAACGGGAGUUGGCCACCAUCAAACAGCAGAGUGAUGAGGCCAGUGCUAAACUGGAGCAAGCUGAAAAUACCAUCAGGAAGCUCCAGCACCAACAACAAUGGCAUAAAUGCAAUUCCAACUACAAUGAAGAUUUUGUGCUGCAACUAGAGAAGGAAUUGGUCCAAGCCCGUCUGAGUGAAGCUGAGUCUCAGUGUGCACUAAAGGAGAUGCAGGAUAAAGUCCUGGAUAUAGAGAAGAGAAACAACUCCUUUCCUGAUGAGAAUAACAUUGCAAGGCUUCAGGAAGAGCUCAUUGCUGUGAAACUGAGAGAAGCAGAAGCUAUUAUGGGAUUGAAAGAACUUAGACAACAAGUCAAGGAUUUAGAGGAACACUGGCAGCGCCACUUAGCUCGUACUACUGGGAGGUGGAAAGACCCACCUAAGAAAAAUGCUGUGAAUGAGUUACAGGAUGAACUGAUGACCAUUCGACUUAGAGAAGCUGAAACUCAGGCAGAAAUAAGAGAAAUAAAACAAAGGAUGAUGGAAAUGGAAACACAGAAUCAGAUCAAUAGUAACCAUCUUCGAAGAGCAGAACAAGAGGUGAUUAGUCUACACGAGAAGGUGCAAUAUCUUUCGGCACAGAACAAAGGACUACUUACUCAAUUAAGUGAAGCAAAGCGCAAACAAGCAGAGAUUGAAUGCAAGAACAAGGAAGAAGUGAUGGCUGUGAGACUCCGGGAAGCCGAUAGCAUAGCUGCUGUGGCUGAAUUACAGCAGCACAUUGCUGAGCUGGAAAUCCAGAAGGAAGAAGGAAAGCUUCAAGGACAGCUUAACAAGUCUGAUUCUAACCAGUAUAUUAGGGAACUGAAAGAUCAGAUAGCAGAGCUGAAUCAUGAGCUCAGGUGCCUAAAAGGCCAGACGGGCUUCUCAGGCCAGCCUCCUUUUGAUGGAAUCCACAUUGUCAACCAUUUAAUAGGAGAUGAUGAAUCAUUCCAUUCCUCUGAUGAAGAUUUUAUGGAUAAUUCCUUACGGGAAAGUGGUGUUGGUUUUCCUUUGCACAGAAAAUCUGGCCCGAUGUCUUUGGACCCCACUGUGGCAGAUGGUAGUGAAAGCGAAACAGAAGACAGUGUGUUGGAGACAAGAGACAGCAACCAAAUGGCUCGAAAGGAGCAGCCCCCAAGAAGAGAGUCGUACUCAACCACUGUCUGACCAUCACUGUGACCUAGACUGUGGGGUUUUUUAAGGGAUCAGUUAUCAUAUGAUUAAGGGUUUUUGGAACAUACCUGUUUCAUAUGUACAUACAUAUAUACAUAUACAUAUAUAUAUAUAUAUUUUACAGUCUUAUCUGCCUUUUUAUCUUUGCCAAAUCUUCACCACUGACUUACCAUUGCCAUAAAGUAGACUGGAAUAUGGUUAAUGGGAAAAAUAAGGUUCUAACAGUAUUACUGAAUAUUAAUGUUUCUUGUUUAGAAAAUGCAGUUUAUAUGUGGGAAGCAUUUUGGAGUUCAGGACUAUGGAAAAUUGAAUUUUCUUCAGACAAAACUGCUCUAGUGCAAUAUUUCAUGCUCAUUCAACAAAUUGCAUAUUUAUUAGUUUGUUUUCAGGGCAGCUGUCUACAAACAUUUGACCAAGAUAUACAUCUAAUUUAUCUUGUGUUUUUGUGUUGGGGAGUGUUUCUGGGUUCUUUGUUUUUUGUUUUUUGUUUUUCAGUUAAAAUUACUGCUUUAGUAGUGGGCCACUGAAAGCUCCCAAAUACAAUGCCUUUUUUUCCCCAUAUAAUUUUACAAACACAAAUGAAUGGUCAUCUGUCUUGAGAGUUUUAAGUUUUGUUUUAAUUUUUUUGUGCAUAUGAUGCUUCCAUGUGUUGCCUACUGGUCAGAGUAGUAGGUUAACUACAGAUAAAUGGGGUUUUUGUACAUAUUUAUAAAUUUACAUCACCCACAUUGAAAAUCAUUUUAUAUGGAGAAUGUACAUGUUGCCAAAUGACUGCCUUCAGCAUUCUAACAGGACUUCUGUAAAUACUAGGUUAAAAGAAAAUUGAAAAUAAAACCAAACACUAAUAUUUUAAUAGCUUUAGUAUUUUGCUUAGCAUUCAACACUAGCAGAUUCAUAAGUGAACUAAUGCUUGUUCAAAAACACUACUGGUGACAUAUUUUGCUUCAUGUGUAUAUAACAAUAAAUUUUUCAUGAUUAAAGAGGUUAUAGCACAUAUUACUAAGUGCUAAUAUCUACUUAAUAUAAUUUAAGCAAUGGACUGAGGUCCAAGAUACACAAAAAUUGUAUCUGCAAAUAAUCUAUGAACGUUAUCUUCAGAUUCUCUAGUUAAUCCAUAGAUAAAGCCAUAAGAAUUCUUUCCUACCAAUUCUUCCUUUUUAUCAUCUAGACUUUUUUCCCUGGAAACCUGAAUGCCUGUCUUUGAUAAAUUGGUGGAAGCACCAAAUUACACUUAGAGUACGUAAAGAUAACAAGAGUGUGUUGACUGGAUGCUUUCCACUUCCAUUUUCAUCAGCAGCCUGUGGACAACAAUAGCCUUCAAGGAUAAGAGGAAAGUAGAAUUCAGUAUAUAUGAAGGUACACUUUUGUACAACAUGGUGCCUGCAGAAAAAGAACUUUACAUGACAGAAUGGAGUAGAAGAGACAAAAUCAUUUUGUGUCUAAAGCCAGAAGUUAAACUUUAUGGUACAUGAUAAACUAGGCUUUUCUAGCAAGCCCUUUGUCGCUAUUUGCUUGAGAAACAAGAUUGAAAAUAGGCCUGUUGUGUCCAUAUCACCAGGUUAAAUUUUAGUGGUUAAGUAAUUUACCUGUGGUUACAAUUUAGUAAGUAGCAGAGCCAAAGUUUUAAUCAAGAUCUCUCUGACACCAAGCUGAAAAGGUUCAGCUAAUGAAUUUCUCAAUUCUCUGCUUUUCUGACAAUUAAUGUGAUUUAAGUGUGUUUCCUGAAUAUAUAUAGAUUUGUAUCUGGGUAUAGAUGUAUCAACACUCAAACUCUGCACAGCUCUACUUGAAUCGUCUAUUAGAAUCGUCUGGUGCUUUUAGGAUUCUCUUUUGGGGUUCAUUACUGUCAGCCUAGAAGCUCUUGAUGCCCAGGUAAAAUAAGAUGAGUCAUGGCCACAUGAUUGGUUUCACCCCCACAAUAAGAAAUCUAUUGAUCUAGACCAAGGGUCAGCAACUACAGGCCGUAAGGCUCUUCCAGCCAGGUUCCUGUUUUUACAUGACCCACAGCUAAGAGUGGUUUUUAAUUUUUAAAUAGUUGGGGGAAAAAAUCAAAAGAAUAAUAUUUUGUGUCACAUGAAAAUCCUCUGAAAUUCAGUAUUGAUAAAACUAUGGUAUUGGAGCUUACCCAUGCUUAUCCAUUUACAUAUUGUCUGCAGCUGCUUUCGUGUACCAGGGCAGAGUAGAGACAACGGAGACUGUAGUGCACAAACAGCCCAGAAUAUCUACCGUUUGGCACUUUAGAGAAAAAGUUUGCAGACCCUCUAAAAUGUAGGCUUGCGUCUUAAGUUUGUCUCAGGAGAUCAGACGAUUUGCUUUUGCUGUUGAACUAAUGGUUUGGAAGACUAAAAUUUCCUAGUGGAUCUUAAACUCACAGCUAUUCAAAGUGGAAAAUAUUCCCGCUGUUUGAUGCCAAAGACAAAUUUGGAAGGAUAUCUCUCCCUUUGGAAAUGGAGACAGAAAGGGAAGAAUUCCAGAAUCCCAGACCCAGCGUCUGUCCGCCUUGGCACUAUUGGCAUUUGUGGCUCUUUCAAACAGGCAUGUUGACCUUUAAGGUAUGCUUCAAUGAGCCGAUGUUAUAAUCUGACUUUAAAAUAAGAACAUCUUUCGAGAACCAUGUUUGAAUUCUGAAUCUGAAAGAUAUUCUUAGAGAAUUUCCUAAGUACUGUUUUCUGGUUAGGAAUUGGGUGUUAAAAGAAUCAUGGUAAGUAAACCUUAAUCCAUUGAUAUUCUUGUAAUUUGGACAAUGGAAAAACUAGAAACAACAAUCGUCUCAUUCAAGAACUUUGAUUCAAAUACUCCUUAGAAGGGUUUAGAAUCUUCCUGGUUUUUAGGAUGCAACCAGGAUGCUAUGCCCUUCAAAUUAAGACUUUCGAGGUAUUGGAGAAUGUUCUCUUGAUAGAUUUUAUUUAAUCCCUGACACAAUUACUUUGUGUCAUUUAAAUAUUACUCAGUUUAACACUUAGAGCUGGACAAUAUUCAGGGAGGAAUUAAGUGAAUAAAAUAAACACACACACACACACACACACACUCUCUCUCUCUCUCUCUCUCUCUCUCUCUCUCUCUCUCAGGAUAGUUACCUUCCUGGUGUUAUUGCCAUCUAGGUUGAAACGCUACAAGUAGAAGCUACAGGUGAUCUGAAUAAAAUGGAAAUCGCACUGAGGUGAUGAAAAAGAACUUUUAGAUCAAACCAAUAUUUCAACAGCCUUUUAAGAAUCAAAGGUAAAUUUUUUUCUUCCUGAAAAAAGCAGUCAAAGAUAUAUGUUACACAAUUUCUACCCUUUCUAUUGAUAGAUAUUAGGUACCCAAUGUUUGAUGACUAAUUGAGACGACAAGUCUCAACUGGCAAGCUAGUUUGGAAGAAAAAAAAACAAAACAGCUCUGAGCAUGAUGCAGCUUGUUACUCUCCAGAUAGUGCCUUUGAAAACAAGGUCUAGACCUUUUUAAGUAUUUUAUUUCUAACAUCAUAAGAAAUGAAUUGGUUCCAUAUUCUUCUUUAUCUUUUUACAUAAUACACUAUCAUUUUCAGAUUUAAAGUAAAAUAAAUAUAUGAAUUGUGUUUCGGUGAAGCCCUUUCAUGGCCAGCUUAAUGAUUGUGUAGUACCAGACGUCGACUGCUAGUGUUUUAUGAAAUCAAGGAUUUACUUUAUUGAAACAGUGUGCUUUAGCCUGAAAGUUACUGCUGCUCCAUCAUUAACAAAACAGUAAGUUUUUUAAAAUGAAUUAAUUUUAAUUUAAUUCAUUCUCCUGAAAUUAAAAUUCCUGGUUAAAAGUGGAGUGAAUGCUAUUUAUAAUCCAACUUUUUACAUCACAUCCAUUGAUCUACCUAUCCUCUCUUUUCACUCCAAAGAAAAGAUAAUAGAAUAAUACAUUAGAUAUACUAUAGAGAUGCAAAAUUAUAAUGUUUUUCAUUUUACUGUUGGAAUUUCUUAUUGUAACAUUGUAUGAUAACCUGAAAUGUCUACUUGUGCCUUUGCUUUAAACAAUUAUUAAAGUUUUUCAUUUUAUAAGAA